CUACAGAUGAGUCCAAAGAUGCUUAUAAUGAUUUCUAUAACAGGUCUUUCAUUAAUCGAAAUAAUUGUUAUAGCAAUAAAUAUGGUAAAUGCGAAAAUUAUAUGGAAUCAUGAUCAAGACAAAUAAUGAGUUCCCUAGAAAUCAAAGACAAGAAGCAUAUAAUAACAGAUUGAAAAAUCCGUCUAAGUCAUUCCGUUUAGAUCCACAUCAUGAUAAAUAUGAACUUUAUUCAUCGGAAAAAAACAUUUAUAACUAUGAUAAAAAUGAAUAUUCAAAGAAUAUCUAUCGUAGUAAUAGUUGUAAACAUAACCAUACCAGUGAUAAUUAUGGACCAUUUACACCAGAAUUGAACAGAGAAAUAUCAGCAAGGAAAUCAUCUAAAAUAAAUCAUCUUGUAAAUUUAUUGUAUAGCAAUUCAGAAGAACGAAAUAAGCAACAUAUCAUAACUAAUAAUAAUACUGGUAAUAACAGCAGGCCCAUAAAUUCAUUAGAACAAAGUGGUUUACCAGAGGGUAAUCAAAUAAAAAUUCAAAAUAAAUCAUUUUCCGGGAAACUACCUAGAACAAUCAAUUAUUCAUUUAAUUUACAUCAAAAUAAUAAACAAGUCGAAAAUACCAUAUUAAAUAAUAAUAUUAUUAUUCAAAAAGAAAAUAACAGUGAAGAGAGUUAUCCACAAAUGUCAAUUAGAGAAAGGAUUGCUUGUAUUCAACAGAAUACUUUAAAUUGGAGAGAGCGCGUUGAAAAAGAAGAACCAAAUGUAGAUAGAUCAUGUGAUAUCAAUAAAAUUCGAUUAUCAUUAGUUGAGAAACAAGAAUCUUGGAAACAACGUGUUGAUUAUAAAAAUGAUUAUGAUUUUCCAAUAUUUGAACGAAAUAAAAAAACAAAUGACUAUACUAGUCUAGAACCUCUUCCACUGAAAUGUCUUCAUUCACAAGAUCUAACAACAAACACAUCGAAAUGUUUACCAGUUGAACCAAUAAUACGCAAUACUAGCAAAGAAAAUCGUUCAGAAGUCAAACAUCAAGAAUCAUUUACGACAGCCGAUCCCAUCACUAAACCUACUACCAUAACGAAGCCAAGCCAAGUUGUUAGACAGGCGUUCAUAUUUCCAAAAAUUAAAACGACUAUAGAAACAACUAGUGCAGUUGGACCAGUUAAGCUUCCGACUUUGCCUUCGCAACCAAAUAAAGAUUUGAACAACGUGUAUGAAAGGAUAGCUGAUGCACGACGUGCUGCUAGACCAGAAAAACGUAAACCUCCACGGGACUUAAAAAAUCCUUUAAAAGCUUUAGAACAGAGAGAAAACAUAAAAUCGAACUAUGAAGAAAUUCGUACACCUUUGGAAGCUAUUUCAACAGAUCAAGAAUCUGGUAAACAUAUCACACCGUUUAAAACAUUAUUACGUACAGUGGAUCCAUCUGUCAGAACUGACCUAGAUUUUGCUGCAAAAAACUCAAUUCUAGCUGAUUCAGCUAAAGCUGGUCUCGCAUGCUCUGAGGACAUAAAUGAGGCUAAAGGUAAUCUACGUUCAGUUCAAGAAGGACAAUCUCUUCGUAACUCUUCAACCCAAAGACAACUUUUACCCUACAAACCAAUCAUGUUGUUGCACAUCAAAGGUCGACGUCAUGUUCAAGUUCGUUUAGUUGCCCCUUCAGCCAAAUCUAUGAAUUCCGGUGACUGUUUUAUUCUUAUCACAACUGAUUCAGUAUUCGCUUGGUUUGGUGAAUCCGCCAAUAUUGUUGAAGUGAACAAAACUCGAGAGUUAGCAUCAUGGAUUCACAAAAAGCAUGAAUUGUCAUAUACAGGGAAUUUAGGUGAAGCAGCACAAAAUUUCGGUGAUGGUUAUAUUGCAAUACAUGAAACUUUAAAGUUUUGGAAAGCUCUAGGUUAUAAUUCACCACAAAUGGUUCAUCACGCUGGACCACCUGAAGAAGACGAACAUGGCUUAAUACCAUGUGAAGAGUGUUGGGGUAACCCAGUGAAAUAUCAUAUCUUAAAAUCAGAUCAGGCAUUCGUUUUUGACUUUGGAUCUGAAAUGUAUUUAUGGACCGGUAAACAAAUUACUUCUGAACUCCGUCAAGCUGGUAUUGAAUUAGUCCAUAAAGCAUACAACAUGAAUUAUGACUUUGGUCAGUGUAAAUUAAACCCACUGGAUCCAUUAAACUCACACACCAGUGAUAUAUUAGCUUCUGGAUGUAAACGACCAGAAUGGACUUUAUUAGGCAAAGUAACGGAUAGAGGUGAAACAGUCUUAUUCAAAGAGAAAUUCUUUGAUUGGCCUGAUACUUCAAGAAUUCAAAUAAAAUCAUUGAAACCUGGAAAAUCAAUCUCCACGGAGAGUUCUCCUGCUAUAGCUUCAUUGACGAUGGAACCAUAUUCAGCUAAUGAACUCUAUGAAACUGCAAUUAAUAAUCCACCACCUCCUCCAAAUCUACUAACACUUGAAGGACGUUACAUUGGUCGUGGUGGUAAAAUAUGUCGUUAUGAAGAUGGUAUAAUAAGACAGUUUUGGGUAGAAACAAAUGAACUUCGUGUAUGGCAUAUUUCCGAAUUUGCUAGGUACGAAAUACCUUUAACAAGUCAUGGACAAUUUCAUAGAGAAGAUACUUAUGUCAUCAGAUGGUCAUAUAAAAUUGCUUAUACCAGUUUACAAAAUAGCAAUAAACGUCCAACUGAAAAUGUUCGUGAACAUUGUGCUUAUUUCUAUUGGCAAGGAUCACGAAGUAAAAUAACAGAAAAAGGGGCAGCUGCAUUAAUGACUAUUGAAUUAGAUGAAGAAAGAGGUCCACAGAUAAGAGUGAUCGAAGGAAGAGAACCACCAGUAUUUUGUUAUCUAUUUAACGGUCGAAUGAUUACGCAUGAAGGAAAAAGAACUGCACAAAAAGAAUUCACUACACGUAUGUUCAUUGUCCGUGGUGAAGUUAUGGAAGAAGGUCAUCUCAUUGAAGUUCCAGUUCAGUUAAAUUCAUUACGUCCACAAGGUGUCUUAUUAUUAGUGCAAUAUACCAAAUAUCCAAUGACAGAUUCUGCUGAAAUUAUUAGAGCAUUUUGUUGGAUUGGUCAGUUAGUACCACCUAGUUAUUUAACAACAGCAAAAUAUGUUCUCAACCAAUUAAAGAAAUGUUGUCCACCAGAACUUGGCAAACAAUUAAAUCUGAUUUAUGAAAUUCAUCAACAUGAUAGAAAUGAACUAUCUAAAGAAUUUUUAAAUAUACUCAAUUCUGAAGAUCAAUUAUCUAGUCCAUUAUGCUUAGAUUCAAUAAAAUCUCAUAGUCGAAUGGCUAUCUGGCAAUUUACACACCAUAAAGGACGCAAACUAGGUGUGGAACGAUUAAAUUAUACUCUCCAGCCAGAUCCGGCAAGUUUACCAUUUGAUGAGACAUUGAUCAAAACUAAUACUAAUAGUGUAUCGCCAUCAUCACAAUCUACUGAAGGAGUUACUGAACGAUUUUUAGCAUCACAAAACUUAAUAACUGCCCACUUAUCUCAGUCUCCUAUAGAGCCAGCUUUUCCAUUCCUACUUGGAGAUUUAUACUCUGUACCACAACCAUCCCUGUUUCUCAUCAUAACUCAAAUACCGUCUGUUUAUAUUUGGGAAGGAUGGUGGCCUAUAUCUACUUUAACAAGAUCUCGAUUUAUGUCACAAAAGUUAUCGAGAUCUUUUUCAACUUAUAGCAAGUCUCCUUCUAUUCCAGGAGAUCAAACAGAUGAUUAUAGAUGGAGUACAUCAUUAGAUGAAUGUUUUGAAUUUAGUCCACAAAAUUCAGCCGAUGGAUCUUUUGAUUUGAAGAAAAUGAACAACCAGCUUUGA